AUGUGCGGUGCAUCUGAAACUUUUCCAACCAGUCGUCUAGCGCAGAUCAAGGCAUCUGGUCUGAAGUUGCGGUUCUGCACAAACGAAACGCAAGUCACACGGGAGAAGUUUGUGAAGAAGCUCCAGGGCUUAGGCUUUGACAUCUCAGUGGACGAAGUCACUGCCCCAGCACCAGCAGCCUGUCGUGUGUUGAAGGAGCGCAACCUGAGGCCGCACUUGCUCGUACACGACGAUGUUGUCCCUGAAUUUGCUGAGAUUGAUAAAGCAAACCCAAACUGUGUGGUAGUUGGAGAUGCAGCAGACAACUUCUCCUAUGCAAACCUUAACGAAGCGUUCAGAGUUCUGAUCGAAUUGGAGAAUCCUGUUUUGAUAUCUCUUGGAAGAGGACGCUAUUAUAAAGAAACCGAUGGUCUGAAACUUGAUGUUGGAGCGUAUAUGAAGGCAUUAGAGUAUGCUUGUGAUAUUCAAGCUGAAGUAGUGGGAAAACCAGCAAAAAUGUUUUUUGAGUCAGCCUUAGCAGAAGUGGGAGUUCAGCCACAGCAGGCCAUCAUGAUUGGAGAUGAUAUUGUGAAUGAUGUAGGAGGUGCCCAGCAGUGCGGUAUGCGAGCUCUGCAAGUACGGACGGGGAAGUACAGCUGGAGAAAUGAAUACACAGAGAGGCAAAAUGGCUUACCUGAGGUCACACACCACUUACCUGAGGCCAGUGUAAGAGCCAGGAAUAAGUUCUGUGUUUCCUCCAUUCCAUCCCAGCCACUCUCAUAAGCCUAAAUUAAAAUAAAAUGAAAUACUGGUUCGUACCAGGAAGAGUGGAAUUUGGAGCUGCAGCAACUCAAGAUCAACCUUAAAGUCCGUGUGGCUCAGUGAAAACCUUGGAGUUAAUGACCACGGCAAAAUUGGUGUAUUUUUGCCUAAGUACCAAGACGUAACAGCUUCACUAUAGAGACAGGAACUAGUAGGCGAGAUGAGCCGGCGUCAUUAGAUCAUUUCAAUCCCGCACCAGGCCUAGGAAAAUUUGUCAUAUAAAAAAAUAUAUCUUAUAAACUAAUCAGAAAAAGUUGUCCCGUUCAAAUAAGUUGUCUUCCUGUUUAUGUAUAGUUUUAAAGAAAGUUAAUUGGGUAUGAAAUUUCUUCAUCUUCAGAGAAACAGAUACGCAGUUGAGUAAUGUAAAUGCCAAUGCACGGAUGUGUUUGUGUGUAUUAGUGGCUUGGAAUGACACUGACAUCUAUGUAGUGUACGUUAGGCUGAGACUCAUUUACUUUUCAAUAGCUGUUGAGCAGAGGCUGAUACUGCUCUCAAACCUGGGGAGAAUUUUCAUCAAUGCCAGUUUCUUUGUGCUUUAGCAAUUACUUUCAAAUGUUUAAAACUCAGUAAGAGUUGCCAAAAUCUGUGUUGCCUCCCAAGGACAUGCUCGUAAUUUCUUUGGGGUUUAGAUGCCAGAUACGUGGCUAAACUACACUUGAUACUCUCCCAGUAUUUUGACUAUUAGUUCCUGAGAAUCACUUCAUACACUGAUUUUGCUACCGAUCGUGUUAUGUACACACAGAAGAAUGGGUUAUUUAAGAAAUUUCUGGGUUUCAGCCAGAAAAUAAAUAUUAAAAAGUCACUAGAAGGUGACUGUUAUGAAGAGAGGUUCAUAUAUACCAUAAAAGGAACCAGAAAGGGCCCUGGCAAAUUGAUUGAAUGAAGUUUAAAAGGACUUGUCCUGAGCAGAACUGAACUGAAACUGGGUCUUCCUGUUUGAUUUUAAGACUUCAUAUUUUAAUACAUGUGAAAUAGAAGUGUAUGUAUGCACCUCACUGGCUCUGUCAGCUUCCUGUUAUGUUUUUUAUGACAUGGUGUGCAGUCUCAGAGUUGUAUAAAAUUGUCAGAAACCUGGGAGACUUUAACUCCAUCAGGAAGGCACUUUCUUACUGUGUAGUCCCUCUUGAAUCCUUGCUGACGUCUGUAGUUAAGGCCGACUGGUGUGUCCACCUCUGAGGGCAUCACACAGUCUUGCGAGGCAGACAGAGAUCCAGCAGGCAUGGUCAGAGGCAUACAUGGCAAGGGUGGACAGGGAAGUCCUCUCUGAUUUGCAGGCCGAUCUAGUCAAAUUAUCAACAGACACCCUCUUUCUUCAUGAUACUGUCGGUGAGCCAAGUGCCCGUUGGAGCAAAUGAGCAGGGUCUCGUCCUGGCUUGUGCUUGGCCAUGAGAUUUGUCAGACUGCAAAAUCUUUCUCUUAGGAAAUUCUGUCCAGCUUGUCACCUCCCUGGUUGGGUUUCUGCCUCUAGAAAAGCCAUGAGCAUGUGGCUAAAUACCCAAAUUAGCCUGGUUAAAAAAUCUGGAGAGAGGAAACUUGAGGAACCUUCUUCCAGGUUCAGAAAUAAUCUCCUGUCUUCACCACCUGCAUCUACAGACCUCAAGAUCAGAAUGCAUGUUAGCUCCUUUGUUCUGUUCUCAUGCGUUUCAAUCAAGACUGAGUGACUGCAGUGUUUCCAGCUGUAUCUCAUUUACGGAACGACAUUAUAUUUGUGUGGAGCGUAAAUAUCAUUAGUAAUGAUGUUGCCUUAUGGGAAACCCAGAGUUCAAGCAGGUUUUAAUAAAAUAUUAAAAUGCUGAAGAUGCUGUCCUCUGG